AUAGAGAAAAAGAAUCUCUGAGCUAACACAAAAAAAAAAAAAAUCAAAAAAUGGUGGAAAACAAAGAAAUGAAUCAAGAACACAAAUUCAAGCUAGUUGGGUACAAGAAUUUCAUAAGACAAAACCCAAAAUCAGACAAAUUUGUUGUGAAAAAGUUCCAUCAUAUUGAGUUCUGGUGCAGUGAUGCAACAAACACGUCAAGAAGAUUCUCAUGGGGUUUAGGUAUGCCAAUUAUAGCUAAAUCUGAUUUAUCAACUGCUAAUUACAUUCAUGCUUCAUAUAUUCUUAAUUCCGGUGACCUUAAUUUCAUUUUCACUGCUCCUUAUUCGAAAAAGAUAUCAGAAAUGAAUAAUCAAGAAAAUACAGCUUCAAUUCCUACUUUUAAUCAUGAGAAAGCUAGAUAUUUUAGUAAUACUCAUGGGUUUGGAGUUAGGGCGAUUGGGAUUGAAGUUGAAGAUGCUGUUGAGGCGUUUAAUGUCAGUGUGAGUAAUGGGGGCGUCGGUUCUGGGGAGCCGAUGGAGAUUGGAAAUGGGGUUUUUGUUAGUGAGAUUAAGAUGUAUGGUGAUGUUGUAUUGAGGUUUGUGAGUUUUAAGCAACAACCAAUUGGUUCUGAUUAUGUUUUGUUGCCGGGGUUUGAGAAAAUGGAUGAGCUUUCGUCAUUUAGGGGGUUGGAUUUCGGGUUGAAAAGAUUGGAUCAUGCGGUUGGGAAUGUGUGGAAUUUGGCAGAGUCGAUUGCAUAUGUGAAAUCGUUUACUGGGUUUCAUGAAUUUGCUGAAUUUACAGCUGAGGAUGUGGGUACAGCCGAGUCUGGAUUGAAUUCGGCUGUUUUGGCUAGUAAUAAUGAAAUGGUGUUGUUGCCGAUGAAUGAACCGGUGUAUGGUACGAAGAGGAAGAGUCAGAUACAGACAUAUUUGGAGCAUAAUGAAGGGGAAGGGUUACAGCAUUUGGCGUUGGUUAGCGGUGAUAUUUUCAUGACAUUGAAGGAAAUGAGGAAGAGGAGUUGUAUUGGUGGGUUUGAGUUUAUGCCUUCGCCGCCGCCUACUUAUUAUAAGAAUUUGAAGAGUAGGGUUGGUGAUGUUUUGAAUGAUGAGCAGAUUAAAAUGUGCGAGGAGUUGGGGAUUCUUGUUGAUAGAGAUGAUCAAGGUGUUCUGCUUCAGAUUUUUACUAAGCCUGUUGGGGAUAGGCCUACUAUAUUCAUAGAGAUAAUACAGAGAUUAGGAUGCAUGUUGAAGGACGAAGAAGGCAAGACAUACCAGAAAGGAGGUUGUGGAGGAUUUGGUAAAGGUAAUUUCUCAGCGCUAUUCAAAUCCAUUGAAGAAUAUGAAAAAACACUCGAAACAAUCAAACAACCUGCAGUUGGCGUUUCAGCAGCUACAUCAUGAAGAUUGAUUACAAGAUAAGCAAAACAACUCUCCCUAUAUGUACUCAGGGUGGCAGUGCAAAAACAGCAAAAGGUGUCAGUCCAUUUAUAUUGCAAUAAGCAGUUGCUGGAGUAACAAAUGAGCGCAAUGUAUAAGGCAGGUGUUUAGGGAUAUGUAUUGUAAUUGGUUGAUUAAUGCUAAUAUAAAUCUUCUAUUGCUUGAUUGAUA